GUCGAUGCGGGCACCGGGUCGACGUCGUCCUUCCACGCGCUGCUGGAGGACAGCGUGCGCAUCGCGGAGGGGCUGCGCGCCAAGAAGCUGAGUCCCGGACAUGUGGUGGCCGUGUGCAGCACCGCCGUCGCGGACCUCUACCCCGCCGUGCUGGGCGCGGUCUGGGCCGGGCUCACCGUGAUGCCCACCGACCCCGAGGCUUCGCCGAGUGACCUGAAGGCUCAGCUACAGGUGUGCAAGCCCAGGGCGGUCUUCGCCGAGCCGCGCACGCUCGCCAAGGUCCACGACGCGCUGCAGGGCGCGCCGAGGCAGGUGCCCGUCAUCGUGCUAAACCAGGACGACGUGCCGGCCAAGCUGGUCCGCGCGGGCGACGUGGCCUACGAGGACCUGCUGCGCGCCGUGCCCACCGCCACCGCGGACCUCUUCACCCCGCCGGUGAUCGCGCGCCUCGACGACCACGUGCCCUUCAUUCUGGCCGGGCUGGGCGCGGCCGGCCGGGCGCACUACGCCAUGAUGUCCAACAAGCGCGCCUUCGUGCUGCUGGACCAGUUCCGCGAGCCGCUGCCGGACACGCCUGGCGUCGUGUUCAUGUCCUCGCGGCCGCUGUCCUGCCUCGCGGGGAUCUUCUCGCUGCUGCGCUGCUGCUGGGCAGGGCACACGGUGGUCACCCUUAACGACCAGGAGCCGCUCAGCAUCCUCGCGGCGCUGGAGAAGAACGCCGUGUCGCACUGGCUAGCGCAGCCAGGACCCGUGCGCGCCGUGGCCGACCACGCCUCGCUGCCCAAGUUCAACCUCAAGACGCUGACGGCCGUGUUGUUGGACGGCGACGCGAUGCCCGCCGACACGCACGUGCGCACGCAGCAGGCCCUAGCCGUGCGCCUGCAGGCCGUGUACUGCGUGCCCGAGGCGGGCAUGCUGCUCUUCAACCGGGACGCCAAACCCGGCUCCGUCGGCAAGGUCUGCCCCGGCAUCCGACUCAAGGUGGUGGACUCCAUCUCGGAGGAGGACCUGGAGGCGGGCGAGUGCGGUGAGCUGCGCUCCAAGGGCAGCACGUCGCUGAAGGGGUACGUCGGAGACCCCGAGGCCACGGCCGCCCUCUUCGACGAGCGGGGCUGGUUCUGCACAGGUGACGGGAUGAAGUACGACGACGAGGGCUACUUCUACUUGGUGGAGAAACUGAGCGAGAACAUCCAGUGCGCCGGCAAAGCGAUCCCCGCCAAGGAGCUCGAGGACGUCAUCCGCACUCACCCCGGCGUCCGCGAUGUCGCAGUCCUGGGCCGCCCUGAUCCGGACGACGGCGAGGUGCCCAUGGCCUUUGUGGUGCUGGAGCCGUCCGUGACGGCCAGCAAGCAGGAGAUCAUCCAGCUCGUGAAAGACAAGCUCCCCGAGACCAAACAGCUGCGCGGAGGCGUCGAGUUCCUAGACGCCCUCCCGCGAACGACUUCCGGCAAGCUGUCCGGACGCCAGCUCCGCGACCGAAUGCCGCGCAGGUCCGUGGUCGGCAGCCUCCUGAUGUAGACGCGGGAGCCGCGCGAGGCAAACGUCGCUCACUUCCCCAAAAGGUCGUCCACGUCCGGCGAGUGACUCGCCGGCCAACCCCAGCGGCGCCUCUUGGAAUGGUCUACUCUACUCUACACAUAAUUUAUACGCCUUUCCGAUCGGACGGACAAAGGAGUCUCGAGACCAGGACCAGGACCUGAUCCGUGCCCGGUGGGAAGGACAGGAAUAGGCGCUGUCCAGCUGAGGUCCGGCUGGACCGUGCUUCCCAUGAUGUACAUGUCUGUCAUAUUUCAUUAUGAGUUAGAUUUGCUUGUAUUAAAUUUUUCUUCACAUUGACCCGAAAAAGGGGUUUGCAACGGA